AUGGUGAACAUUCCAAAAACCCACCAGACCUUCUGUAAGAAGUGUGGCGAGCAUCAGCCCGCCAAGGGGCUACAGUAUCAGAAGGGCAAAGACUAUGCCCAGGGAAAGCGGCGUUAUGAUGGGAAGCAGAGUGGCUAUCGGGGACAGACCAAGCUGAUUUUCUGGAAAACUACAAAGAAGAUUGUGCUAAGGCUUGAGUGUGUGGAGCCCAACUGCAGAUCCAAGGGAGUGCUGGCUAUUAAGAGAUGUAAACAUUUUGAACUGAGAGGCGAUAAGAAGGGAAAGGGGCAAGUGAUCCAGUUCUAA